AUGACGGCUCCAUCGAAAGAGGAGAGGGUAGAAGGUUAUCAAAAGUAUUUCGUUUCUGUCACGUCAGUGGUUGCUCAUGGGUUAUUGGAUGAUAACCAUGAAGCGGUGAAGAGGGGUUUUAUGGAGUAUUCAUUGUAUCGAAGAGGUUACGGACCAACCUACCAUACUCUUACCCUGAAGACCAUUGCAAACCUCGAACGAUGUAUCAAAAAUAUUUCUGCUGAAUGGAUAGAGGACCACAUUAAUGAGAACUCUAUGAAAACGUUAUAUGAAGUCUUAGUUCAAGGGCUUGUUCACGUAAGCAGUAAUAUUGUUCUUGUUGAAGAAAUGGGAUCAAUUGAUAAUAAGACCAGUAUUCUCUCUGAACAAGAUCCACUGGUUAUUGGUACUAAUAUGCUUUCUGCAAUUGAAAAGGGACUCAAAUGUUCAAAGCUUCUUAUCAAUAUUUAUUCCAAGCGCUUAAAAAAUCCUAAAUAUUCUCCAGAAGGGCCCCUCUCAGAUAUUGCAACUUUUCUCGAAGAUUUAUCGAUAAAUUUGAUGCUUCGGUUAUCUCAGGAGAAAAUCUUGGACAAAUCGACGUUGAGUCAAAAAGAGUAUGAUAUGAUAGUGAACAAUCAGGUGCUUUUAGAAGGAACUCACAAAGAUUUGAGAGAAAUAUUCCAUUCCAUUGACAGCUACCUCAGGCACAGCGUAUUACCUGAGAAGUCGGUGAUCAAAAUUGAAGACAUAGCAGCAAAGUUCUAUUUUGUGGACCCAGUGACUAAGACUAAGUCUAUUUCUGGAGGAGCCGUGUUCCGUGAAAGUUCUAUCGAGGCUAUGAGGAAAAUAUGUAUGGAGCUUAUUUUGACUAUUUUCACAUCCUAUCCGAAGGAACGGACAAAUAUUCUGACAAAACUACUACGUUCUUAUGCUCACCUUCCCGACACGAAAAUUAAAUCCAAGCCGUAUCAGCUUGAUGGUGGUCUUGGUACGAUAGAGUCACCCAGCGCUAUGUUUAUGAGAAUGGUCCAUAUAAGUGGAAUGACUAUCCCACAUGACUCAUCUGAUGAUCUAACUGAGUCCACUGAUGAUCCUUUGGGCAAGCACGGGCAUACAGCAUCGGCUAGCUCGAAUGCAAUUAACAUUUCCCAAAGCGUUGGAGGUUAUAUAAUAUCUUUUUUGAUAAAAAAGGUUUUGCCAGACAAAGGAGAACCAAAAGCAUCAAAAGAAGAGCCCUAUAAAGAGCUUUUCCAGCUUUUGACAACAGAUUUCUUGACUGUCCUUGGACAUUCAAAUUGGCCAGCUGCAGAAAUCAUGGUUACAAUUAUUCUCGUUACAUUGCUUCCUUACACGACCUCAGAGGUUGCUUAUUCUGCUAACUUUGCUUUUGAAGUGCUGGGAAUGAUUGCUCCCUAUCUAUACAAAGUGAAGAUAAUUUCAGAAAAUUUAAGACAUCUGGAAUCUCAAGAGGUCAAGAUUUCCAUUUUGCCCCCCAUAAAUGUUAAUGUGAGUCAAGUCAAAGGUAUCCUGGACGAUAUGGAGAUUGUUUUAGCCCCUCAGGUUUCCAGUACUCAUUCCAACUCAUAUUCUUAUCUGUCUAGUUUGUUUUUGUUUGAAAUAUUGUCCUUGUGCAAAGCUGACAAUGUUGCUGAAGAGAUUAAGGAGCUCUGUUUGAGAUUUGUUGACAACUGCGAAUCAAAUGGAGCAUAUGGGCAGAUAACACUUGUUCCCAUGCAUAACUCAAGUCAUGGCGACGUCACUACCAGUUAUAGCAGGUUACUGACACUGCGACCAAUUGCACUCUACUAUGACAUUAUUGUUCGUAAUGUCAUUGAUACUAUUUGCAUAAGCAAAAAGACGACUAUUAGGACCAAAGCGUUUUCUGUCUUGAAAGGGCUACGUAGAGAAGAUUCCGAAUUACUAUCGAACCAAUCAUUGAUGGACUCAGUCCAGCGCUUGUUGGGUCCAAGUGAAUCUACCUCGAUUCGCGAUGGCGCUUUGGAAGUGUUUGGCGACCAAGUUCUAUUACAGCCUGAAGAUGCAGGUGAAAAGUAUAAAACCAUAUGUCACUUGUGCAAUGACCCUACAGCCGGAAUCUCACUUAAGAAAAGGGCGAUUGAUUAUUGUAGUCGGUUAUUGACAUUAACGCAAGACCAAGAAAUAAAAGUGGGAAUUAUUUGCUGUUUCUGCCUAGGUCUUAAGGAUGAUGAUCAGAGCAUCAUUGAUACAAUGAUGUCUACUCUGACUAGACAUCUAUUCCCGCGCGAUCUUGAAUCUCCGAAAGAUCAUUUGCAAGUGAACUUUCUAUUAGAAUUCAAUAGCUCUGACAAUGGUCGGGAUCGCACAGAAUUUUUAGAAUUGGCGAUCAGUAAGAUACUUGGACCCGGAUCGCAGCGUACGCCUGAGCUAAACAAAUCUGCCCAGAAGCUCGUGGACACUUUAUUUGAGAGGGAACAUCAAAACUAUAGUCAAGCAUUGGGAGAUGGGAAUAAACAGUAUUCCUCAAGUUUUUUGAAAUUGAUAGGAAUAUUUGCGAAGGCAGAUGGAACUCUGGUGAGCGCCGACCAACUUUCCAGCUUACUAUCUUUGUUGCAGGACAGUUCUCUAGACGUCUCUGUUGAUACAGUUUCCGAGACCAUGGCAAUCUUAAGAUACGGUUUAAAUACAAAGAAAGUUAUGGACAGAUCCUUUUUAAGCAAAUUCCAAGAAUAUCUCAAGAUACAACUCACUAGUCAUAAACGGCCAUCUGAUAUGAUUCAUAUUGCAGUGUGUCUAAGCAUCAGCAGCAACCUGAUGGGGAACACGGAUCGGAUUUGGCUUUUUUUGGCAAACUCAUUCCAGAAUCUCAAGAAAUUCGAGCGCAAUAUUCAGUUAUUUGCGAAGAGCGAGAAGAAUAUGCAGCAGUAUAGACUGAUUGCUAGAAUCGUUAGUAAUCUCACCCGUUACUGCCCUUUGGAUAAAAGUUAUGUGGAAAAAGCAUCUCCGUCAAAGGGUCAAUACAGCACAAUGUCGGAACUUGUUGUAGGUCAUUAUUUGAUACCAUUUGUGAAGCCUGCAGUUGAUAUUUCAAUUAGAAAGGUUGCUCUCCGUGCUAUAGGAACCAUACUGAUUGGCGAACCGGGAAUUUUUACCAAAAUUCGUGACGUGAAACUGUUGUACGAUAGAGUAAUGCUUUCGAACAGUAAAUAUGAGAUUGACCAUGAAGAUUUCUUCGAAAAGAACUCUGCUGAGGUUCGAUACCUAGACGAAAAAUUACUUGUUCUCAAAACGAUAGACGAACUUCUGAGAUUGGAAGAAGAAGCAGCUAAUUUGAAGUUGAUUGAGAGGGCCCGAGAUAACAACAAAUCCUCUAGUAAGGAUAAGGCAGUGAUUGAUUUAGAUAGUUUGCAGGGUCGGGCGCAGAAUACGUUUCGAGAUGCAGCCACUUCGAGCAUUAUUCAAGCUUACUUAGAUUGUAUCCUCAAGGCUUCACUUUCCACAGAUCCAGAGUAUUCACAGUGGGCUGCUGAGACGUUGUCAGCUUCGAUUCGGCAAAAUUUCGCUGAUCCUAAUCGGUCAGCUAAAGUUAUUGUUGCAUUGGAAGCAAGUAGCUCGCGACAAGUGGUUCAUGGAGCAAAAUUAGCACACGAGAGGAUACAUGAAAAGUUUCAAUCCCGGGUAGAACAGAUCUAUGCUGAGGGUAUCAAGUUGGCGGCACGUUGCCAUCGAAAUGUCCCUGGAAGGUUUCUUGGACGGUUUAACAACAACGGAACUGUUGGGCCGUUCCGUAUAAUUUGGUCAAUAUUGAAGGAGAAAAAAGGUAGACGGGGAUUUUUAGAUAGUCUGAUGAGAAAGAUAGUGAUAAAUUGGGAGAAGGAUGGCGACCCAGUCAGAGAUUUAGCUUUUUUAAAAGAAAAUUUGAACUACGCAACAUUUGUUUGUUACGGUCUGGCUGAUCUGGUUUUUGCAGAAGGAGAGGAAGUUUUACGAAUUAUUGUUGAAGUUAAUCAUAUCUUGUCGACCAUGGGUGCUGAUUUUGCAGUUGCAAUCACUGCUUUGUAUGAUUCUGGUCAAGGUGAUAAGGUUAGUGACGAAAGAUGGAAUUGCUUGGGCGAAGCCGCAUGUUUGUUCUUAUUGUUGGUUAGAUUCAGGGAGUUUUUAAAGAUAGCUUAUGAUAUCCCUGAAAGCAAAGUCAAAGAUUACACGGAGAAAAAGGGCUCAAGAGACUUCAAAAUUGAGUUACGAGAAGAUUUUGAGUUAGAUAUUGAUGCACUUGUUGCUAGCAGAGUUGAAGUCAUGUCGAGAAAGGAGAAUUUAUUAUUAAUCUGGCAGUUGUUGAUUGAAGUCGAAGGAGAUAGUACUAGCGCUGAUAUUAUAGAAUGGAUACAAGGAAAAUUGGAUGACGAUGUGAAAAUAAAAAUGAAAGCUGUAAUAUCGCCGUCAACGUCUCCGGUAAAGAAAAGAGGUGCUAGUCAAUCACCUUCUAAAAGGCGAAAACCUGUGUCUUUCAGUGACCAUGUCGUGGACUGCGAAGAGAGUUCGUCACCCAAAAAGAAGAUACGUUUUUAG